AAGAAGUCAAUAUGGCGUUACAGUACCGUAGCAAAUGCGCUAAAAAUAUCAAACUUUACAUGCUUAUAACUUUUGAACCAUUGGAUUCCUAAAGUUGAGACUUGCAUUUUUGGAUUCUCCGCAUCAAAAACUAUAGAUUGAAAAAAAAAAAAGUCCAAAAUUUUGGGUCCGGUAAAGUAAAGUUCACCCGCCCCGAUUAUCAGAGCCCCCCUUACCUAAAGUAGCAGUUUAUGCUCCGUCUAUAUUUUCAUAUGUCUAUGAUAUUUUCAUAUGUCUAUGGAAACGCCAUCUUGGGCCCAGCCUAAGUAAACAUAAAAUAGACAGAUAGAUAGAGUCGGCUGUGCUGUGGCAACACCCUAAAAUUCUAGUUUCUUAUUUAUUCAAAAAAAAAUAAUAAGAUUGUAAAUUUUAUAAAAUUUGAUAAAAGAUAUUCAUAAAUAUAAAAUAUGGGUUGAACUUUACUUCGGAGGCCCAAAAAUUACGGCCUUUUUUUAUCUUCUUAAAGUAUUUGACGAGUAGAAUCUAAAAGGUGCGGAAUCCAUCGGUUCAGAAGUUAUGCGUGUGUAAAAGUGAGCGUUUUUAGAGUAUUUGACAGGUUAUUUCGAUGCCAAAUUGAGUCUUCUCCGCACCCAAUCCUUUGCUGCAGUGACUAUAGACAGUGACUACUAUCUAUAGUCACUGUUUGCCGGCCGCCGAUGUCGAAGUAACGCGUCAAAUUUAAUACGCUAAAAACGCUCAGUUUUACACACGCAUAACUUCUGAACCGACAGAUUCUACGCCUUAAAACUAGGAUUUUUGAGAAGAUAAAAAAAGGCUAUAAUUUUUGGGCCCCUGAAGUAAAGUUUAGCCAAAAUAUAUUUUUUGAAAACAGUAUUAAAAAAAUGGAUGAAAUUCAAAAAAUAGAAAUACUUAAACAAGAACUCAUACAAGCAGAAAAAGAGAAAAGUGAAACUUUCUUAACAAUUAGAUCAUUAAAAAAUGAAAUUGAAAAAACUGAAUAUAAACAAGCAUCAAAUGAAGAAAUGGCAAAUGAUUAUGAAUAUGAAGUUAACAAAAUCCUACAACAAUCAAAGAAUGUAGGAAUGAGCAGAGGAGAUAGAUGGGAAUCAAGGAAAGCAGAUGAAUAUCGAUUAAAAGCUAUACAAGCUGAACAUCAUAUUGAGAGACUUUGGGAUUCAAGAGACUAUGAAGAAACAAAACUUACACAACUUGAUAAAAAAAUUGAUAAAUUAAAACUAGAAAUAAAUUCUAUUAAUUGUCAGAAUCAAUCCUUAACAAGUGGAUAUGAUAAACCUUCAACUUCUAAAUCACCAAAAAUUUACAGAUUAACUAUUUUUGAUUUCAAGCAAAUGAUUUUUACUUUAGUUCUUUUAAGAAAGUAGUAAAUUAAAGUUAACUACAAAUAUACAAAACACAAAUAUUGUAAUUGGUCAUGUUCAAUCUAAAACUCAACAAGAUACAAUCUAUAUUGAUAAAUUUGGAACUCAACUAACAACCAGUGAACCUAAUUUAUCAUAUAUAAAAAGUAAAGAAAUUGUUCAAAUUGGAUUUUAUAAAAAUGAACAAGAAGAAAUUCAGGUUGUUCAAAUGCCCCAAACUGUUGAGAAACUUCCUAAUUAAUUACUAACAGAAGUAACAUCAUUUAUAUAAAUAUAUGUUUUAUGGUACAUUAGACUUACUGCAUAACUAUUUUGGGGCAUAUUAUAUUUAUUAAAGAAAUGUAAUUUUAUAAAAAAUGGAAAAUAUGUUUAUUAAAA